AUGGGGGCAAGCCGACGCUUUCGAAAGAGAUCAUACCUGGCGAUUGCCCUUCUCGUCCUCCUCAUCUUCGCCUGGAUCGAUCGAUGCUGUCAUGGCACCCACACAAAGCAAGACUCAGCAUCCUUGGACGCGCAAACCGAGACAAGAAGCCACGACAGCCAGCCGUCCAGUCUGGUCUCUGAAAAGAACCAGAACUUCACCGUCAACCUGGUGAUCGCAUCCACCAGCAAGGACGACACCACCACGGCCCAGUACCGCCCGCCCGUCCCCAGAGUCGGCCGCGAGGCCAUGAUAUACCACACCUACUUCCACGACUUUUACGACUCGCUCCCGGACCUCUCCAUCAUGAUCCACCCCCACGAGAAGCCCUGGCACAUCGAGCCCGCGCUCGCGCAGUCCAUGCUCUUCGCGCUUAACAACCUCGACCUGGGCGUCGCGCACCAGCGCGGGUACGCCAACCUGCGCGUCGGCUGGAAGGAGUCGUGCCCGGACUGGGUCGACACGAGCCGCGAGUACGGCGACGAGCGCCGGCCCAUGGAGGCGCCCUACAUGGCCGGCGCCAUGUAUCACAACUUCGGGGUCUACGGCUCCGACCUGCCCCGCUACUUCGGCGGACCUUGCUGCUCGCAGUUUGUCGUGACGAAGGAGGCGGUGCACCGGCACCCUCGCGAGCAGUACAAGCGGAGCACGGACUGGCUGGCGGAGACGUCGUGGCCGGACUGGAUCACGGGCCGCACGUGGGAGCACAUGUUCCCCUGGAUGUUUACGGGCAAUGCCGUCGAUUGUCCCAUGGAGUGGAAGGUGUUUUGUGGGAUGUACCACGUGUGUUUCAAAGACCCGUCGACGAUCACGGACAUUAAUGACCUGUGGGAGGAGAGACAAGAUCUGCUGGACAACAUGGAUUUGUGGCAGUGGAUGCGACACCCGCAGAUUGUCAUGCGGUCGAACUCGAGGGUUCGAGAGAUUGAGGAUAUUGUUCGCUGGGAGGUUGCACGCGCGAUGGCAAGGGGGCAGGAUGAGGAUAUUCGACGGGCGGCAAGUGUUAAUAUGUUUGAGGACUGA